ACACCUUCACCUUACAGAGCCCGCCAACCUCCCUCCGGUGUUUCCUGAGUGCCCGGGGUCACAUGACCUCUCCGCCCCGCCCCCUAGCCGGCUCUCUGUAGUGUGUGUGGAUGCGGCGUGUCUCCGGAGAAGAUGAACUCGGACAUUCCGCGGGACGUUGUCAUGCUUCUGACAGAUGCAGAGACUGUUCUGUCUGAAAUUCUUCAGUAUGAGAAUGUGAGCACCAGAGCAAGAGAACUCGGAGAGGAAAUACUGCGUGGUUUUAGACUGGUUCGAAAUAGGCACCACUUUGAUGUUCAACAUAGAGGUGGUGACACUAAUGUUGCAGCAACAGGACAAGACACUUAUGAUGAUAACCAUAGCCUGAGCCAUGGGACUUCUUUGGCAUCUGAUGAAGUCUCACUUACAUCGGACUACGUGGAUGAUGAAUCUGAAGAUGCAGGAGAACCUGAAAAACUUUUGAAGCAAGGUUAUCUGGAAAAAAGAAACAAAGACCAUGGUUUAUUUGGGUCAGAAUGGCGGAAGAAGUGGUGUGUUCUCACCAACAUGAGCUUUUGUUACUAUUCCAGUGAGAAAGGAAAAGUUCCAAAAGGAGGCUUCUUGAUAAAGAAUUGUAGCUCUAAGCUGGUUCCGUACAUCCGUAAAGACUCUCGUCGAGAUUCCUGCUUUGAGCUUGUGUCACCGGGUAGCCGCAGCUAUCAGUUUACAGCUGCCAGCCCAGCAGAGGCCAGGGACUGGGUUGACCAAAUACAGUUCUUGGUGAAAGAUAUCUUGUCAGCCUCUAUACCAUGUGAAGAUGAUGAGGAGUCCUAUGAUGAUGUGGAAAGCCUAAAUUCUUCCUCUAUGGGUCAGCGUAUUAGUCUGGACAGAGCAGAUAGCCCAAUGGAGGAUGAUGAUGAUAUCUAUGAGGUGGUUCCAGGUGAUGAAGAAGAAGAUUAUGAUUUAAAUCUAGAAGGCGGAUCCAUAAUUAAUUAUGCAGAUUAUUACCAGGGACUCUGGGAUUGCACGAGUGACAAGAGUGAUGAGCUGUCAUUUCAGCGUGGAGACAUCAUCCGUAUUUUGAGCAAGGAAUACAAUGCCUAUGGCUGGUGGGUUGGAGAGUUACAUGGCAUGAUCGGUAUUGUGCCCAGGGAUUAUCUACAAUCAGCAUAUGAAAUGAGAAAUAUCUGAAGGUGCAAAUGUUCCAAUAGACAGAAUUUGUUGUACCAAUUAUUCCUGAGAUGAAAUUUCAAUAAAAUAAAUGUGCUUGUGCAUAAAUAUCUAUGAA